CACAGGCAGCGUAUCCUCCGCAUAGUGGGCUGCAAUAGACAUAUAUCAGGCCUCCAUAAUGGCUGUGUUCUUAGCCUUAGCGUUACAAAGUCGCUUAAUUCAUAGCUUCAGUCGCGCCAAAUGCGUGAUUAUAUUCAGUUAGCAUCCGUUAUUUUAGACAUUUUAUUUAUUGUCACCGCGCGUCUGUAUAGACAGCAUCAGGAUCACGCGCUGUUCUCCGGCAAUUGUUCCCACCAUAUUCUCAUGGCGGAGACUAAAAUAAUUUACCAUAUAGACGAGGAGGAAACUCCUUAUUUGGUGAAACUGUCAGUAGCUCCAGAGAAGGUAACUUUGGCAGAUUUCAAAAAUGUCCUCAGCAACCGACCGGUCAACAGCUACAAAUUCUUCUUUAAAUCUAUGGAUCAAGAUUUUGGGGUUGUCAAAGAGGAAGUCUCUGACGAUAACACCAAACUGCCUUGUUUCAACGGGAGAGUGGUGUCAUGGCUUGUAUUGGCCGAGAGCUCCCAUACGGAUGGGAUGUCGGUGUGCACUGUCAGUCAUACUGAGCUGCCCCAACCGCUGGAGAGGACAGGAGGUAUUGGAGACUCCAGACCCACCUCGUUCCAGGUUGUCAAAGAGGAAGUCUCUGACGAUAACACCAAACUGCCUUGUUUCAACGGGAGAGUGGUGUCAUGGCUUGUAUUGGCCGAGAGCUCCCAUACGGAUGGGAUGUCGGUGUGCACUGUCAGUCAUACUGAGCUGCCCCAACCGCUGGAGAGGACAGGAGGUAUUGGAGACUCCAGACCCACCUCGUUCCACGCUAAUGCAGUGAACAGUAGAGACGGGCUGGACACAGAAACUGGAAGCGAGUCCGUUCUCCAACACCGUCGAGAGCGGGAACGAGAAAGGACCAGACGGAGGAGAGAUGAAUUCCCACGUGUGAACGGUCACUCUAAAGCCAAGCGGGUGGUGAGGGACACAGCCAUGGCCUGUGACAGUGGCUCUGUGAUGAGCAGUGAGCUGGAGUCAAGCUCCUUCAUUGACAGUGAGGAGGAUGAGGACGCUAGCAGGCUGAGCAGUUCCACGCAGCAGAGCUCUACUUUUCAGUUAAUGAAGAGACAUAAGCGCAGGCGCCGGCGACACAAAGUGGCUAAAAUCGACAGGUCAUCUUCCUUCAGCAGUAUCACAGAUUCAACCAUGAGCCUCAACAUCGUCACAGUUACACUUAAUAUGGAGAAAUAUAACUUUCUCGGCAUCAGUAUAGUGGGCCAAAGUAACGAUAGAGGAGAUGGUGGGAUCUACAUUGGCUCUAUUAUGAAGGGAGGAGCGGUGGCAGCAGAUGGGAGGAUAGAGCCAGGCGACAUGCUGCUGCAGGUAAAUGACAUGAACUUUGAAAACAUGAGCAAUGAUGAUGCAGUCAGGAUCCUCAGAGAGAUCGUCUCAAAGAACGGUCCCAUCAGUCUCACCGUUGCCAAAUGCUGGGAUCCUUCCCCUCGCAGUUACUUUACAAUACCCAGAGCUGAACCAGUUAGACCCAUUGACCCGGCAGCAUGGAUUUCCCACACUACUGCACUUACAGGAUCUUACCCACAAAACGAGUUUGACGAUCUCCCUCUUACAGUGGGAAAGACAGACAUGGCCACUGUUGUAAAGGUGAUGCAGCUUCCAGACUCAGGAUUAGAAAUAAGGGACAGAAUGUGGCUGAAGAUUACUAUAGCUAAUGCUGUUAUAGGAGGUGAUGUAGUAGACUGGCUGUACUCACGGGUCGAGGGAUUCAAAGACCGGCGGGAUGCCAGGAAAUACGCCAGCAGCCUGCUGAAACAUGGCUAUCUCAGACACACUGUCAACAAGAUCACCUUCUCUGAACAGUGUUACUACACAUUUGGAGAUCUCUGCCAAAAUAUGGCUACACUAAACUUGAAUGAGGGAUCGAGUGGUGCUGGUUCAGAGCAGGACACAUUGGCCCCUCUUCCCCCUCCGUCCACUAACCCGUGGCCCAUGGGUGGCCAGCCCUUCCCCUACCCACCCUUCUCCACAGCGCCCUCUGGUUUCCCCCCAGGUUAUUCCGACCCCUGCCACAGUUUCCACAGUGGCAGCGCAGGAAGUCAUCACAGUGAGGGAAGUCGAAGCAGUAGUUCCAACCCUAGUGUUGGGAGGAGCCAGCGGCCUGUGCCUAGGGACAAGGACCGCAAAUCAGCAGGCAGUGGCGGCAGCGAAUCGGAUUCAGGCAACCGAGCAGGUGGGAGGCGGGUUGAGCGUUCAUCCAGCCAGUUGAGCCACCGUAGCCAUGCGCUGUCAACUCGCAGCCACACUCAUUCCCGCGUCCUGUCCCAACACAGCCGCACCUCCUUCUCCUACAGCCACGCUCCCUUUUCCAAGUAUGGCCACACCUCUUGUGCGCUCAGUGAACGAAGCCACGCUUCCUCUUACGGACCCCCAGGCUUGCCUCCUCCCUACAGUCUGGCCAGAUUGACCCCUAAGGGGGCUAUCAGCAGUGGGCCCCCAGGGGCCCCUCCAGUGAGGGAAAUAGGGGCCAUACCACCGGAACUCACCGCCAGUCGCCAGUCUUUCCAGCAUGCCAUGGGCAACCCUUGUGAGUUUUUUGUGGAUAUAAUGUAAUCUGAUGAACAAAUAAUAAAUAGCAGUACAAUAAAAAUCUCACAAGGUGAGUCCCAUAAAUACAUUAUCAACUUUUACCAACAGCAAAUGUGGCUGUGCUGUAGUCACAAGUUCCUGUGGACGGUUGAGGAUCAGAUGUGUUAAGAUAAUCAUGUGUUGAGCAGAGGGCAAAUACCUACAAUACACUACUGUUCAAAAGUUUGGCAUCGGUAAGAAAGAAGUCUCU